CUCCUUCUGUGCAGCCAGAAGGAGUCGAUCCUUUGAAGAAGUUGGACAAGCUUAGAUUUGCUCUACAGUUUCUGUCGAGAUUACGACAAAUCAUGAUGAGAAGAAGCACUCGACUCAUGUCAAGGGGUUACUACAACUCAGAUGGACUGCCGACCGUCUCCUACAAAGAGUCUUCAUUCAAAAUCUUCAGAAAGCGAAGGAAACCUAGAUUUGCCAACCCGAAUGUAGAAAUCAUUCCUGAGAGAGACGUGAACUUGGGCGUAGACGCGGACUCAGACUCAGAAACCAUUGUUUACCCUGAGUUUGACGUGGAGACGAACGCAGACACCAUCCCGUACACGGACUUUGACUUAGAGAUAGACAACAUCGCACACACAGACUUAGGCACGGACUCAGACGCAGAAACCGUCACAUACACAGUGUUAGACACGGACUCAGACACAGAAACCGUCACAUACACGGUGUUAGACACGGACUCAGACACAGAAACCAUCCCAAACAUAGACUCGACUAUAGAUUCAUACACAGAACCCAUCUGUCACCAAGGCUUGAACAUGAACACUGAAGCACGGAUGAUAGCAGAAGAAGUAAUCAACUUUGAAAACAAAAGGAUGACCACCGGAAGUAAGAUGUUCCCCAAAAAGAAAUACAAGGAGAACAUUAGCCUGUUCUUUAUCACAUGCCUCGUGCUUUUUGUUCUGGCUUACCCGAUUUAUGCCAUGAGCUUCCCACCUGAUGAGUCUCCUGUAUCCCUUUGUGUAGGGGCCAUGGCGUCCAGUGCAUAGGAAAGAUCCGAUAGAGAAGACUCUGACAACAAAUGACUACUGUCUCCCACCAUAAAUUAUCAUUAGUAUCACAGGACAGGACACUGCUUUCAGCGAAUAUCACUGAAAUCGCUCCUCAGUUUUCUCUGUAGCUUAUGAUUUCUCACUAGCUAUGUGUCUGUGUUUUAAGGUGCAAAUCAGAUCCACACAGGACAGAGGUAUGGACAGGUAAGUAUGGAGGUAAGAACGUCUACACGAGUUCAAUCAAGCUGAAAACUAACAACCUAUACCUACCUAUCUAUAGAUCUAUCUAUCUAUAGAUCUAUCUAUCUAUAGAUCUACCUAUCUAUAGAUCUACCUAUCUAUAGAUCUACAUAUAGAAAGAUAGAUCUAUCUCCCUCCAUCUCUCCCUACACACAUUCCUCUUGUCCUCCCUCCUUCUCUUUCUCUCUUCCUCCCUAAAAC